AUCUCGGUUGAUAAUUCCUUUACUUUUUUUGAGAAGCCACGCCACCAGAUUAAGAUUUUCGUUUCCUCGCUCCAGAAAGAUGACCAAGAUAUGCUUUCAAUGCUGAGUGCAAAUGACAGGGAAGAAUUGUCAUCGAAAGCCAAAAUUUUUUCAGACGUCAUAAAGUCUGGUAACAAGACUGCCUUGAAAAGAAUUUUUACUUCUGCCCAUUUGAACCAACUCAAGAUGGAUCGUAAAGAGAGAACCCUUUUACGAUGGCAAGUAUUCUUUUCGACGGCUUUAAAAAUCUUUUGGUCUCCCGCAUAUUCCUCUGCAGCCAAUCCAAUUCCCAACUGGGACAAGAUUCUCAAUCUGAACUAUCAAAAAUCGAUUGACGAGCUUAAAUGGAUCUUUUUUUCUGAAAGUGGUAUUUCAAAGUCCGAAAUUUUGAAAUUCUUUCAAGCUAGCCAGACAGGGGCGACAUUUUUCCCGAAUUUUAACAUAUCUUUGAUUCCAUCGGUUGAAAAUACCCCUGCAUUGGAUAGCGAGACUGUUUUCCAAUCCACCCAAGAGCAGGAAUCUGUCCAAGAGCAGGAACAGAUUCAUGAAAGCAUGGAAGACACAAAUGUAUUCCCUGCAAAGUCUUC